GCCUUUCAUUGAUAACAGGAUGGACGACAACAUGUCAUUACCAAGCCAUAUCCUUCACAUCCAGGGUUUUCAAUUGCCACAGACAUUCAUGUAUCCAAUUUUUUUCUCCUUGCUGUUUGUCUAUCUCGCCCUCCUUGUGUCUAACAUUGGAGUCCUGGUCACCAUCAUCACAGAGAGAAGCUUGCACCAACCAAUGUACAUCCUCUUCUGUAACCUGUCUGUAAAUGAUCUGAUUGGCAACACUGUCUUGUUGCCUCGCCUCAUGGCUGACAUUGUUUCAACUGAGAGGUUUAUCACGUACAGCCAAUGUGUUGCUCAGGCCUUUUUCAGUCACACGUUUGGAUCAGCCUCACAUAUGAUACUGAUCAUUAUGGCCUUUGACAGGUAUGUGGCCAUAUGUUACCCGUUAAGGUACACGUCCAUAAUGACAACCAGAACGGUAGUUAGGCUGUCUGUGUCUGCUUGGGGGGCUUCCCUUGUGUUAGUGUCUGUCCUACUGGGUCUCACCAUGCGGCUUUCUCGUUGCAGUUCAAUCAUUCAGAAUGCUUACUGUGACAAUGCAUCAUUGUUCAAGCUGUCCUGUGAGAACGUUUCAAUCAACAACAUCUAUGGACUCUUUUUCACUGUGCUGCUCUUUACUUCAUCAAUGGGAAGCAUCGCUGUCACUUAUUUCAGGAUUGCUGUGAUUUGCUGGACCAAGAAGAGCAAAGAGCUGAACAACAGAGCGUUGCAGACCUGUGCAAGCCACCUGGUACUGUAUCUCAUUAUGCUGUGGAGUGGGUUUCUAACCAUCAUACUGCAUCGCUUUCCAGACUAUCCAUAUCUGAGAAAACUGGCUUACGUUCUAUUUCAUGUCGUCCCUGCUAAUUUGAAUCCAAUUAUCUACGGCUUGCAAACAAAGUCAUUGAAGCAGAAAAUUAUACAAAUACUCAGCCGGAAAGUUACACACUCUUAAUACAGAUAUUUGUUUGGCACUUUGUAAAUAAUAUUGACAGGCUUGUUGAUUAGUCUGGUAUCCCUAAAACCCUAAAACAAAAUGGAUUAGAAUUCACCACAUACCAUUCUUUAAAAGUGAUGUUUAAGGUACAUUUCAAAAAUGUUCUACUCCAUAUUCAUAAUCUUCAGCACCACCCCAACAUCAACAUAUGUUAAAAUGACACCUUUCUAUGUUUUGUAGAUAAGAUAAGUGUUUCCGGUGACAUAAUCUAGUCUGUUUCGUGAUUUUAACCAAUUAUGUGCAGGCAAUGAGCAGGCAAUGUUCGGGAGUAAAUUGCAAUAUUUCCCUUUAAAGGUUAUGUCUUGCCAUUUACACAUUUUGAUGUUGGAGAUUAUGAAUAUGAAAUAGAAAAAUUGUGAAAUCACCCUUUAAAGGUGAUGUUCUGUAAGAUAUUAGGAAGUAUGAAUGAGGGAACUGUAAAGGUGAUGAUGAGCACACAUUGUUUAACAGGCUUUCCUGUCUGUGCCUAGUCAUUACCUGACUGCCAGUCAAAAUUGUAUCUCUAUAGAGACCUCUAGUGUCUGUUAGCUGAAAAUUCAGAGGGACGUCUGAGAUGCUCAAUUCCAAGAUUGAAGGUCUGCAAUACUGCUGGUUUUCAGGUGAAUUGAGAGAUUGCCCUUGAUGGCCAGAGAUUUCACUCACCUGUAGCUGAUUCAAUCUACAGAGUCAACCUGAAACUGAUUCACUCUAUAGAGUCAACCUGUAACUAAUUCACUCUAUUGUCAACCUGUACCUGAUUCUGGUGCCCCAGGUCUGAAUGAAAAACAGCCUGGAAUUGAGACAGUAAAGAGAUAUACACUGAGUGUUCCAACAUUUAUACUGGCACAGACUGAUCAGGUGAAUCCAGGUGAAACUAUGAUCCCUUAUUGAUGUCACCACUUGUUAAAAAACCUCUCUAGGGUAUGUGGGACGCUAGCGUCCCAUCUGACCAACAUCCAGUGAGAUUGCAGAGCGCCAAAUUCAAAUACAGAAAUACUCAUUAUAAAAAUUCAGAAAACAAAACAUAUUUUACAUAGGUUUAAAGAUGAACUUCUUGUUAAUCCAACCACGGUGUCAGAUUUACCGAUUAUUUGAGAACAUAGCAGACAAAUCAUUACAAACAGUAGCCAGCCAAG